GGGUGCGCGGAGCCGAGCGGAGCGGAGCGGAGCGGAGCGGAGCCGAGCCGAGCCGAGCCGUGCCGAGCCGUGCCGGCGCCUCCCCGCUGCCCACCGGGCCGGGGCGCGGAGGCGGGAGCAGAGCAAGGGAAGAUGACAUCGUGGCUCCUCUGAACCAGCAGUGCCCGGGGACCAGCAGAGCCAUGGAGCUGGAAUACGAGCUGCCCAAUGCCACCGCGUUCUGGUUCUCCCCGGCUUCCCCCUUUGACAACUUCUCUGUGGAGGCGCCCACCAACGCGUCGCAGAACGCCACAGGACAGCACUUCGACCUGACCAGCAACGCCAUCCUCACCUUCAUCUACUUCGUGGUCUGCAUCAUAGGGCUGUGCGGCAACACGCUGGUGAUAUACGUCAUCCUUUGUUAUGCCAAGAUGAAGACCAUCACCAACAUCUACAUCCUCAACCUGGCCAUCGCAGACGAGCUGUUCAUGCUCGGUCUGCCCUUCCUGGCCAUGCAGGUCGCCCUGGUACACUGGCCCUUUGGCAAAGCCAUCUGCAGAAUCGUCAUGACGGUGGAUGGGAUCAACCAGUUCACCAGUAUCUUCUGCCUGACGGUUAUGAGCAUUGACCGGUACCUGGCUGUUGUCCAUCCCAUUAAAUCUGCCAAGUGGAGGCGGCCCAGGACAGCCAAAAUGAUCAGUGUGGCUGUCUGGGGCAUCUCCCUGUUGGUGAUCAUGCCCAUCAUGAUUUAUGCUGGGGUGCAACAUAAUCACGGCAGGAGUAGCUGCACCAUCAUCUGGCCGGGAGAGUCGGACGGCUUCAUCAUCUACACCUUCAUCCUGGGCUUCCUGGUGCCUCUCACCAUUAUCUGCCUUUGCUACUUGUUCAUCAUUAUCAAAGUCAAGUCCUCGGGCAUCAGAGUGGGCUCCUCCAAGAGGAAAAAGUCCGAGAAGAAAGUCACCAGGAUGGUCUCCAUCGUGGUUGCUGUCUUCAUCUUCUGCUGGCUCCCCUUCUACAUCUUUAACGUCUCCUCAGUCUCCGUCCUGAUCGUGCCCACGCCUGUCCUCAAGGGCAUGUUCGACUUUGUCGUGGUCCUCAGUUACGCCAACAGCUGUGCCAACCCCAUCCUUUAUGCCUUCUUGUCCGACAACUUCAAGAAGAGCUUUCAGAACGUCCUCUGCCUGGUGAAGGUCAGCGGCAUGGACGAGGCGGACCGGAGCGACAGCAAGCAGGACAAAUCCAGGCUCAAUGAGACCACAGAAACCCAAAGGACCCUGCUCAAUGGUGACCUGCAGACGAGCAUCUGAGAGGACAGCGGGGUUGUCCUUCCUUCGCUCUCCUCUCCCCACUUGCUCCCAACUGCAGCAGGGUGGUGGCACGUACGGAGUCAGGGCAGGAGUGCCAGCUUAGGGGACGGCGGUGCGCACACCGACGGGGCAGCGGGCAUCCUCAGCUGGGCUCCUCCUGAGCUGCUGGCGGGUUGGCUUUCAAGUGCUGGGAAGGAUACGGUUCAAGAAGAGCUGCCUCGCCAGGAAAACAAAGACAACUCGUAGCAAUGCAGUGCAUUUCAACACCAAAGUGCCACCGUGGGCCACAGGUAUAGCCGGGGUGGCUCCGCUGGCUUCCCCGGUGUUACCCUCGGGGCUGGUUGGCUUUGGGUGCUUUGCCCCAGAACAGGUGCUUGCUUGCACGUGGACACACACGCGCAGCGGGGGUGACCUCAGGAGGAGCCGAGGCCACGGGUGUGUGCCAAUACGUGUGCCACCACGGAGAUGCACUGUCUUAUAGCAAAGACCUGGUGGGAGCUCCCCAGAGAGUCCGAGCAUGCUCCCGCAGUCACCCUCCCCAAGUGGAUAUUUGGGGUUGCAUUUUGUCCAGCUUAUAAGUUUACUCCAUCGCCUCCCCGCUGCUCUUUGAUGGCAUCGUUUGCAACAGCCCACCCUGCCCAGGGGCGGCACGCCAGGACGGAGGUGGCUGCCCUGUGGAAAAGCAGCUCUGCCGCCCCGGCAGCCCGUCUGGUCCCGCCACGCUCCUACCCUGCCUCCUCCGGCCCCACCGUCACCCGCUGCAGGAGACCCCCUUCCCUCCUCCUGCCGUGACGUCGCCUGCCCGCGGGUUUUCUCCUCGGAUGAAGGAUUUCCCCCUUUUCCCUCCCAAGUAGCCGCUGCCCCUCCUGCCGCCCGCAUCUGCUCACAGGUCCAUCCCAGGCUGCGCCAGCAGCCGAGAUCACCGCUCUCCCCGGAGAACCACGGCUGGGCUGGCUGAGCAGCCACGGCAUGAUCGCCUGGCACCAGUCCCUGGUGGGAAAUCCCUGGAAGCAUUUAAGCAGCAGCAACACACCGGGGGUUUGGAGCACCCUGGCAUGGGCUGCGGCACAUCCAGCUGCCGACAGCUCCUGCACCUGGGUGAGACCUGGGCUUGUCCUACCCCUGCCGCAGCUCCGAGGAUCGCUGGGACUGGGACUGCUGGCCCCAACGCGCGUGGUGAGCAAGCAUCGACCGGCUGCCGGUGACGCCUGCCCUGCUCCUUCCAGGCAAGUCACGGAGGAAGGGAUGAUGGAGAGGAUGAGGGGACGGGAGGUGGGGGGUGCUGGGGACUUGGCCCCGACCCUCGUCUGAGCCGAGGGGACCGGGCAGAGCAGAUGACAGGACUUCUAGCAGAAAGGCAUGAGGAAGAGCAGGGCAGCACACAUCCAGCCCCCCCAGUCCCUCUCCUGCACUGCAGCGCAGGAAAGGGGGGACACAGGGUGCAGUCCACAGUGUGAGGGGUGGCGGGUCUGGCCCGGCAUCCGCUGCAUUUAUCUUCUCAAGACCGUCCCGGAGUGCUCAGCUCUGUCCCUGGCCGCCCUUCCAGCUCAGCACACAAACCCCAGGCUCGGGAGCCCUGACUGCCUGCUCCUGCCCCGGCAAAGCCACGGUCCUCGGCCAGCACAGCGGGAGCACAAGGGAAAGCCCAGGGGAGAGGGAGAAGUGCUAUCUUCCUGCCAGAGCAGUUUCUGUGCCAGAGGCCAGAUUCUGUUCACAGGCUCUUGCUCCAGAGCUGAGCCGUGGGAACGCAGCAGUUUAGGUGGAGAAAACAGCCACGUCUCACUCACCCUCCCCUUUCCCAUCCCACCCUGGGUGUCCCCGCACCAGCCCCAUCGCCGGCAGACGUGGACCCUUCACCCUGCACUACAAGCAAUGAGGAGGGUGAGGAUGAGCAUGGCCCACAAGGUGCUGCCCGCUUUGGGGUGCUGCCUUGCUCAGCCCCGUACCCCCCCAGUUGAUGCUCCAAGAGCACCAGCUCUGGGAGAAGUUUUCCUGUGGCUCUUCCUGGCCCCUGCAGCGAGUCCCUGCCCGGGUCAUCACACAUCCCUCUGUGUUACCCCAGCAUCCCCCACCAGCCCCCCAAAAAGGGCUCAGUGCCAGGCUUGAUGCCUGCUCCCUGGCACAGUUCUUUUGGACGCUGGCUCCGGCACAGCAGCACUGGCACUGGGGACACAUCGGCGCAGGGCUUGGGGGCUUUCUGCGGGGCAAAUCAGAGCAUUGUCAGCAUUUAUUUGCUUUUAACUGUUUACUGCUCCUCUGAGGAACGUGUGUCUGCGUUCAAGAGCUCGGAGGCACCGCGUGGGCUCAACGCUGAGCGGGCACCUGCCUGUACCCUCGCUGCCUGCGCCGGGCUGUGCAGGCAGCUGCUCACCAAGCGCAUGCCUGCACCGGCUUCAUUAAGGGAAGUAAAGCCGAACCAGGGCUCUGAGACAGCGCAGGCUGCCCUGCUGAUGCUGCAGGAAUUAAAACACAAGCAGCGUAUCACACUACAGUGAAAUAUUGCAUGGUGACGGCCAGGCCUGGUGCAGCCGGAGCCCUCUCUUAGGAUAAGGCUUCAAUAUCACAGCUGCAGCGAUGCAUCAGCGGGGCUUUGGAUAUUUCACAUUUGGUGGGCGGUGAAGGAGUUAUUUGUGUGGAAAGCGGGGGAGGCGAUGGGGAGGGGGGUGCGUUGGGCCCCCCUGCCCGUCAUGGGAGCUGAUAUUCAUGCCCCCCAGCACUCGCCUGCAGCAGGGUCAGACCCAGACCUGCCGGCGGCCAGGCUUCUCCCCGGUCCUGUCCGUGCAAGCCCUGCUGCCAACACCCCGACUGAUGGUGAGGGGAGAUGCCUGUUCCCGGCCGCACACCCAUGGGAGUCUCCAGCAGGAGCCCCCAGCCGGGAGCAUCUCCUCUCUGUGCUGGUUUAAUGUUGAAAAUACAGAAAGCCUGGCUUUCUAGCCCUGGGAAGGACCCAUGCCCAGCACUGCAUGUGCCCAUGACAUCUCUGGCAGCUCAGAGCAGUGCAAGGGGGCUGUGAUCUGAAAUAUCCCAUUCCCCCUCUUUGCACCCAGGGGCUCUCUUGGGCUGGGGAUAACGGGGCUGCAAGUGAGGAGCAAGGGGUACGGGGGGGCUGCCGCUGAUGUCCCAAAGGCCACCAAGGUGGGAUGCUGCAGGGCAGGAACACGAGGCAGCUCCCAGGGGCUGCCAGGGCACCCCACGGCCGCCCUGCUGCAGCUCACCCCGGGGGAAAGCGCAGGCAAGCGAAAUGUGCUGCCUUGGUGCUCACAGUGAAAUCAGCAAAAUAAAACGUUCUGCUGGUUCACUGCUGACUAAUAAACAGCAGCACUGUUGCUGCUGCAAGUAACAAAGUUUUCCUUCCCAGCCAUUUGAUUUUAGUGGGAACUUGACCUCAUAUUGGAUCUGUUCUGAAAAGCCUCGCAGGGCUGCUGGCAGCGUAGUGAGAAAUCUCUCCUGGUUAUUGCAGAGUGAAUAGGCUGAUCCUGCAAGUGCUGGAGUGGCUCCGCUGCUACUUCACACACAGACUGUCCCUGGGCAAGAGAGAUUAAUUACAGCUCCCGCCUGCCCGGCUAGAGCAGCGGGAACAGAUUUAUCACAAAUUGGAGGCGAUGGGAAGCAGAAACCUGUGUGUCCCAUAGAGCUCCGCUGUAUGCCGGGGGCACAGAUCCGGCCCCACGCUCCUCGGAGCAGGGCUGGGGCUGGUCGCUUUGCCGCGGGUCUGCAUGCACAACGGCACUGCCUCUGCUGCGGCUGUCACCGGCGGUGGGGCUGUGACCGGGUGGGUUUGCGGGUGGGCUGCUCUUGCAAGAGAAUGACAGUCCCAGCACCUGUGUGGCUGCCCCUAAGCCCAUAAGAAACCAGCUCCCCUUCCCCUCCUCGCCACUGGCUUCCCCCUACGCAGACGAGGAACCCCAGCAAAGCCGAGGAUGGGCUCUGCAGCAUUCCCGAGCCCCUGCCGGAUUGACCUGCAUGGAGACAUCCUUGAUGUCCCUGCUUCCUCAGCCCUCGGGGUCCAGGGACACAAAGCCUGGCGCUGUGGCUGGGCUGAGCAUCGCCCCAGGCACGCUUCCGACCGUGCCCACCUCGGACCGAGCCUGGCUCCUGGCGCUGUGAUGGCCAGUGCCCCCCCCCCCGGAGCUUGAUAGCCAAACCCCGCUCUGAUGGGCAGGGAGAGGCUGGGUUUGGACCUGGAGCCUUCCUAUUGCAUCUCUACAGCUCCUCAUAUCAGCACCAAAGCUGCCUUGGACUUCUUUAAAAUAACGAUCUCCUAAUGAACCACACUGUCGUGUCUCUGGAGGGCUUCCUGACUCUCCGUCCCGACGGAAAGAGCCUUGUCUUUGAUGGAGACUCCACGGAGAGGUCCCUUCCCUCCCAGACGUGCACAGAUGCAGGUGGUCUCGUGGGCAGCCGUGCAGCCAGCAAUCCCCAGCCAGCUCCAUCCCCUGCAAUGAGAGCUCCCAGACUCCAGAUCCGUGCCCCUGCUUUAGAGUGGGGCUCGAUUCUCACAUCUCUGGGGGUUGUUUCAGCCCUUGCUGUGAACAAGCUGAUUUCAAACCGCUCACGGAGAGUCUCCAUCCCCUCUGCCGGGGCUCCGCCAGCCGCACGCCCUGCCCAGGGCUGCUCAAAGGGGGAAUCGGCAGCAAGGCAUGAGCAAAGAGCACAGCAGACCCCAAACCGGCCUUCCUGCUACUAAGUCUGAAACAAGAGCUGCUGCUUCCCGACCCAAGGAUGCGUCUGCCCUUCCCUGCCAGCCUCCAACCCUCAGCCUCGCACGCGUGCCUCCCUGCCGGAUUUCAGCCCUUUCCCUGCUUGCUCCAGGACCUGGACUGCAAAAAGCCAGGGCAGGACAGCCAGGCUGCAGCUGCAGUUCGGGGGAAACCAGCCUCAAGCCGUGUCCUGACCAGGAGAUGACGAGGGACGCAAAGCCUGAGCACCCCCGCCAUCCCACCCCCACGCUGCACAGCCAGGAGGAGGGAAGGGGUGGGUGAUUGUACAUAUAUGUAUAUACUGGAUGUGCCAGCAAAAGGUUUUAUUAUACCGACACUGUAGAGACACUCUGCAGCCCCUGUUUUGCUGUGGCUGCUGGAGCAGCCCCUCCCUGUGCACGCAGGAGCAAGUUGGAUCCAGCCCCUCGGGGGUCCCUUGGGUCCCCCUCACCCUCCCCGUGUGCCGUGGGGCUGGUGGCACCGUGCAGGAGCCAGGAGGGACCACAGAGGCUGCUCCCACAUUGACAGGUGACUUCUGCAGGGCAAGGGAAGGCAAGCUUUAGCCUCUACUAAACACAAGAGCCCUUCCCUACCAAGCCGGGGGCUGUAGCGAUCCGGGGGUCUCCCCCCCCCCACCAGCAGCACUGCACCACACUGCCCACCUCCUGUACAUACACUCCUCUGUAUCUAUAGCUGUGCUCUGUAUAGUGUGCGUGGGUCUGGUGUAUGACACAUUGUGACUGGAACACGCCAGAGAACGUUUCUCUGCUUUAAGUCUUGCUUUCCUCCGUAGCAAUUGUUUCUCGGUGUCUCGGUGUGGAACUAAGCCUUCCUGCGGCGAAGGCUCCCGACUGCCACGGUCUGUGCUGUGGGGAGGGAGUUGUGGAUGGGGUGGGAGGGAAGUAAAAGAGUUUUCCUACAGUUUCUGACUCUGUGUGCAUGUGUCAGAGCUGGGUGGGAGCAGUGGGAUAUAACCCAGGCUUGGAUUCUUCCCCGGGAGGAGAAGAGGCACCGACCUUGGAGUCCCACCAAGGGACGACUCGCACUCAGUCCCUCUCCCAAAAAACAGUUCUUCGUCACAUCCAUCUCCCUGCAUCCAUCUCCCCGUUGGUGAGCAACACACCUGGUUCUUCACCGGCAGGAUGGUCUCAGUUUCAGAGGGUCCAUGCAGCAGGAGAGCUGUGUUUGCCCAAAAACCCCACAAAAUUCACUCCCCAGUCAGCACAGACUCAGGGCACUGAGGUACAGGUACAUCUGUGCCAGCGUCAACCCCUAAACUAGAUGGGUCACAGAUGAAGCACAACCACAAAUCGCUCUUCAAGUACAAGGGGUCACAGAAACUCAGUCUGAACAGCUGGACAGGAGAAGCUUCUCUUCCCAAGAUGGCAACACCUCCAGGCAGGUUUUGAUGAGAUCAGGGCAUGUGAAGUGCCAUUGCUGGAGGUUUAAUCGGCUGGAGAGACCAGCAGCGGGAGGGGGUGCUUAGAGGAGAGGUACAUUACGGGGAAAACACACCGAUGUAAAGAAACUGGCUCUGCUAUAAACUGAAAGUUCGGCUCUGACCAGCUGCACAGGCCAGCUUCGCCAUCAACACUUUCCAUGCAAAUAAACCCCUUCACUCCAAAACACCUACGAAGUUUUCCUUCCCCCCCCACCCCAAUUUGCAACACAAACAGGGUUUUAUAGGAUUUGAAUACAACCUCUACCAGCAAAGCCUCAACAGCCUCUCCCCCAAGACCACACGCUCUGGUUACACCAGCAUCUCCCGUGGAGCUGGAUGCUCUCCUGCCCAGCAGAGGCAAGCGGCCCAGCAGGCAGCCAUGCCCCUGGAGAUCUGCCUCUCUCAGGGGAGCAGCAGAUAGCUGGGGCAGGAUUUUCCUCUGGGAACAAGCAUUUGUAAGAAAGCAAUUACCACGCUUGUUGCUACACUGCAUUGUAGCUGGCUGAGUCAGCAUUAGGUGCUAAACAGGUAUGUUGGCUCCGGGUAGUUCUUCUGGUCAGAUCUAUAUAUAUGUACGCACAAGUAGUACACAGAGACAUGGCUCUGGGUUUCCAUCAGAAAAAAUAUUAAGUCUUUACACGAAGGCUGAUACAAGAAAGGCAGUAACUGCCCAGGGAAGAUUUUGCAAACAAAAAAUCCGAGCGCACUGAUUUCAUUCUGCCUCCACAGGCUGAAAAUACGUGAGAUGAUGGAAAGCGUAGGUAUUGCAAGUUGGAGCUACAUACAGAAGAGAGGGAGAAAUAAAACACUACCCAGAGGGGCCUUUUUGUUUCCAGUGGGUGCAUUCCAGCUGUGCCCCCCACAGACACACCUUCACUCAGCACGAUUUUGCCAAACCUGCGCAAAAGGAGCGCUUUUU